UUCCGCGUCCGGGUCGAGCAGGCUUCCUUGCUGCUGCUGCUGCUCCUGCCAAAGCGUCGCUGGGCCCGAGCGAGGAGUAGCAGGGCGAGGCGGCGGCCAUGGCCCUGUCCUGGAGGCUCCUCUGCUGCCGCUGCCCUUGCGCCCUGCCCCGCUUCUGGAGGAGCCUGGCCUGGAAGAGGAAGGCCACAUCAGAUUUUCUAAGAGAAAGUUCAUCUUUAUCAUUUCCAAGAAUGCCCAGUAUAUUUUGGCGGUUUCAUCACACAACAGUGCGAACACAUAGCUGUGGUAAAGCGGUCAGUGAUGAAAAAUACAGAGAUCCUUUUAAACUCGGAAGGAAAGACUUAAAAAAUCUCUAUGAAGAUAUUCAAAAGGAAUUACGGGCAUCCACGACAGAUCUUAGAGAAAUGUGUGAAUAUUACUUUGAUGGAAAAGGGAAGGCUUUUCGACCAAUGAUUGUGGUAUUAAUGGCUAGAGCAUGCAAUUUUCAUCACAACAGUUCUGGGGAGGUGCAGGCAAGCCAGCGUUCUAUAGCUCUAAUUGCAGAAAUGAUCCAUACGGCUAGUCUGGUUCACGACGAUGUAAUUGAUGAUGCAAAUUCACGAAGAGGAAAACUGACAGUUAAUCAUGUCUGGGGAGAAAGGAAGGCAGUCCUAGCUGGUGAUUUCAUCCUGGCCGUAGCAUCACAAACUUUAGCACGUAUUGGAAACACCACCAUUGUUUCUGUGCUAACACGGGCAAUUGAGGAUCUGGUGCGUGGUGAAUUUCUUCAGCUGGGUUCCAAAGAAAAUGAAAAUGAGAGAUUUGCUCACUACCUCGAGAAAACCUUUAAGAAGACCGCUAGCCUUAUAGCACACAGCUGUAAAGCAGUAUCUAUUCUAGCUUGCCCUGAUCCCAAAGUUCAUGAAAUAGCGUACCAAUAUGGAAAAAAUAUUGGAAUAGCAUUUCAGCUCAUAGAUGAUGUGCUGGAUUUUACAUCCUGUUCUGAGCAGUUAGGGAAGCCAGUGUCAGCAGACCUUAAGCUUGGAAUAGCCACUGGUCCUGUAUUAUUUGCAUGUCAGCAGUUUCCAGAAAUCAAUACCAUGAUAAUGAGGCGAUUUAAUUUGCCAGGAGAUGUCCAACGUGCCCAGGAAUAUGUUUUACAGAGUGGAGGUAUACAGCAGACCACUUACCUCGCCCAGCGCUACUGCCAUGAAGCAAUGAGAGAGAUCAGCAAGCUCAGGCCCUCCCCGGAAAGAGACGCCCUUGUUCAGCUGGCAGAAAUUGUUCUCGCCCGAGACAAAUGACACAUCUCCUUCCAUUCAUUCUGGCAGCUAAUUUACCAGACUGUGCCUAAAACUAUAUUUGCAGAACAUCUUGGCUUACUUCCAGCACAGUAACCAUCCUUUUUUAAAUAAAAUAAAAUAAGUUAUCCUCACUGAAAGAAAUAUAACUAGGGUUUAUAUGAAGUACAAAUGUUUUAUUGAAGGAAGCCAUACAAAAAGAUGAAAACAUGAUCUGUCUGUUAAGCUGGUAGCAAUGCCCUGUGUCUGCGUGGUCUCUCUUCUUUUUUUCUCUUUUUUUACAAGGAGGGUUCUUGUUUCACUGGGCACUGUUUACAUUGUUCAAUAUUGACACUGAAGGCCACAAAGAAUAAAUACAAUCAAUGUGAUGAAAAAACUCA